GGCAGCUCUUCCGUGACGUCAUUACACCUGCGUCCGGGGGCUUUCGGAUGAAUGAGUGAGGCGCGUAAGCAGCAAUGCUCUUGUAGUUCAUGGCGUGGAGUGUUUAUAGCUGGAUAGAUUAGUAAUUUACAUUUUAUUGUAUCGAUAAUAUUGUUCCCCGAUGGAGGAGUUAGACGUUGAGCCGGCAAUCACCAAUAUUCCAGCAGCCAGUGAUGGAAAACAUUUGGGAUUUGCAUGGGGUCCAGGUGAUAUCCUUGCGUAUGAAACCCUUUACAAGGCAUCAUCAGGUGCCAAAGGAUCAGGCUGCUCCUUCAUCCAUGAGGUCAGGAAAGAUGAGGACAUAUAUUCCCCCAUUUUACGCAAACUCUUUAAUGAGUCACAUCACAUCUUUGUUGGUCUGCAGACAAUUAGAGAGGACCUCCCUAACAAGAACAAAAAACCCCAAUUUGUCAGCAUCAGUAAAAACUAUAGAUCUGUGAUACGAGCCUGUAUGGAGGAGCUUCAGCAAGUUGCAGUUUCUACAAAAGAUGCAAAAGUGUCCAUGCAAUAUGGAAAUCAGGUGUCCAUUCUGUUGGCCAUAGAACUGAUCUGGAAUCUGUGUGAAGUGCUGUUCAUUGAUGCUGCUCCUGCGGGUUCCCUGUUGCUCCACCUCCUGGACUGGGUAAGGUUACACAAGGCUGACGUUGAUGAGAAGGCUAGAGAAGUGCUGCAAAGUGAGAGCCCUGCUGAGCAUCACGACUACUGGGAUGUGGUGGUGAGUUAUGUGCUGCAAGGCAGGUUGGAAGAAGCCAGACAGAUGCUGGUGAAGCAGGCCACCCUACAGCCUGCUGCCAGGAACAUGUACAAGCUGAUGGACACUCUGCUGACCAAGAUGCCCUUCUACAAUCCUGGAGGCACCCAGACGCUGACAGAGUUUGAUGUGAAGUGGAGAAACUGGCAUGAGGAGGUGGACCGCUGCCUGCAGGACAACUCGUUUGCCAGCAACCGACACCUGGAGAUCAUCUGCAGGAUCCUAGUGGGGGAUGAAGACAUGUUGCUGGAUCACAAGGAACUACUGGGCACCUGGUAUCACUUCCUGGUCACGAGACUGCUCUUCAGCCACCCCACAGUCAAACCCACUGAGUUGCACUACUAUGCACAGUCCUGCAUGACGAUGUUUCUGGACUCGAGGAACGUCCCGGAACCCCUGGACAACAUCUUGCUGGCUGCCUUUGAGUUUGACAUCCACCAGGUCAUCAAGGACUGCAGCAUUGCACUCAACAACUGGUGGUUUGUGGCACAUUUGACAGAUCUGUUGGAUCAUUGCAAACUCCUCCAGUCUCACAAUUUGCACUUUGGCUCCAACUUGAGGGAGUUUCUCCUGUUGGAAUACGCUUCUGGUCUCUUCACUCAUCACAGUCUGUGGCAGUUGGCUGUGGACUACUUUGACCACUGCCCAGAGUUUGGUCGCGUCUACCUGGAGCUGCAGAUCGAGCGCGUUCCUUUAGACACGGAGCGCAAAGCCCUCAAGGUGCUCAGGAUCUGCGAGCAGAGGCAAAUGUCAGAGCAAGUGCGGAGCAUCUGUAAGAUCAUGGCUAUGCGGGCCUUGAGGAACAACAGACUUGGCUCAGCUCUCUCCUGGAGCAUCAGGGCCAAAGAUGCUGCCUUUGCCACCCUCAUUUCAGAGAGGUUUCUACAGGAUUACUGCGCCAGAGGGACCUUCUCUGAUUUGGACCUGAUAGACAACUUGGGUCCAGCAAUGCUGCUCAGCGACAGGCUCACUUUCCUUGGGAAGUACCGUGAGUUCCACAAGCUGUACGGAGAGAAGCGCUUCAGUGAGGCGGCCAAGCUGCUCCUCUCCCUCAUGACGGCCAAGAUCGCCCCCCGAAGCUUCUGGAUGACUCUGCUGACUGAUGCUCUGCCGCUGCUGGAGCAGAAAGAGACUCCAAAUCAUUCACAACUCGGCUGCCCGGAUCAUUACCCGCACCAAAUCUGACCACAUCACCCCCAUCCUCAUCCAACUUCACUGGCUCCCUGUUCAGCACCGGAUUGAUUACAAAAACCUUCUGCUCACAUACAAAGCCCUCAACAACCUCGCCCCCACCUAUCUCUCAAACCUCCUCCAGGAAUACACCCCCUCCCGCUCCCUGCACUCAUCCUCAGCUGGACUCCUGACUGUCCCCACCUCCCGCCUCAGCACCAUGGGAGCCAGGGCUUUUAGCUGCACCGCGCCCAGGCUUUGUUAUAGCUGUUUUAACUUUUAAAUGCACUGUAGGGCGACCUUGGGUGUCCUAAAAGGCGCCUCUAAAUAAAAUGUAUUAUUAUUAGAAGUUUAAGAAAACCAGCAAAUAUAUUCAUAUUUAAGAAGUUGGAACCAGAGAAUAUUUGAAAAACAAUAUAACAUAAUAUUAAUUUAUUAUAUCAAAAGUAGUUGCAGAUACACUUUCUGUCGAUCACUAGAAUAACUGUUGCAGCUCGAUACUAAAUUCUAUCCCAAUAUUUUGACGGGCAGUUAUUAAAGUGUGUAAGUCCACAUCAAGUUCAAAUAGAUAUCAGACGGAUGAAACACAUUUUCAGUGUGAUCACAUUUUAGUUGCACAAUUGAAACGGCUGAUUUACAGCAAAUGCAUUAAUUUAUCAAUUUAUGUUGAGCAUAUUCCUGUCUUGUGUUUUAAUGUAAGAGAACUUCAUUCAUUGCUCAAUUUACUUCAGUACACGUGUGUGACUGGAUAAUUCAUUUGUCUGAUCCUGAUCAUGCAUUUUCAAUUACUGGUCACAUGACCUUUUUAGAGAGGAUGUUCCUUUCAUUUGAUCAAAUCUCAUUUUUAUAAAUUAUACUUAUUAUGUUAGAUAUGGGGACAAAGAAAGAAUGAACAAAAGAGAAACUGCAACGUUCUGUGUACUGGUUUGACUAAAAGGUGGCUUUGUUUGUCC